AUGGAUGGCCAGGUGGAGGAGAUCAAGGAGGGUUGGCGAUGCUUCUCCUUCCUGCGGACAUGGCUGGAAGCCGAGUACGAUGAAGGCUCCUGUCCUGAUCUCGUUCGUCAUCUCGUCUGUUAUUAUUAUUGUCCUACUCGAAGUCCUUGCACAGAGAAGCCAGAAGUUCGGCGGCCUAUCGCUGGUUGACGAUGCCGACGACAUACCCUCCGCUGUCAAUCUCACCUACCUCUACCUCCCCACCAUCAUCGCGGUACUAUACAGUCUGGUGUGGAACUGGAUUGAUCUAGACAUCAAGCGUAUGCAGCCCUGGACAGAAGUGUCCAAGCCAGAUGGUGCAACUGGCCGGAAAUCAGUCUUUCUAGAUUAUCCCGUGGACUUUGUAGCCUUCGUUCCUUUCAAGGCUGCGAAACAAAGGCACUGGGCAGUGUUCUACUCGGGAACCGUCAUGGUUAUCAUCUUUUGGAUGAUCACACCCCUUCAGAGUUCCUGUCUAGGAACUGGCCCCGUGCUGAUGAAUAAAACCGUCGCCAUGUCAGCACCGUCCGUGUUCAUGGAUUCGUUGACGCAAGCCACAUACAUGGAUCAAUCAGUGAUGAACUCUGGGUACGGAAUGGCCUGGUUGGAGCGCCCCUAUCCCGCCUUCACGACCUCCGAUUAUACACUGAUGCCCUUUCAACCUGGUGAGCCUGUUGAAGGCAAUAUAGCCAAUUUCACCGGCACUACUACGAAAUACUGGACGGACUUGAAGUGCUGGCCAGCUGAAGUAGAGUGGGUGGCUGGAGGCACAUACAACUUCAUCAACGGUAUGGGUUGCAAUGCAUCCAGCAUUGUUGCCUCCCCCGGCUCGCCCACCAUUUCUGACUACCAGAUGCUGUACGUUGGCUACCAAGACAGUGCCUGGGGAGAAGUUGCACUUAGCUGGACCUGUUCAAAAGAAGCAUUCAACCAAUUUCUCGGAACAUGGGGCCACUGGGAGCAUGGAUCCAGUGGCCCAGCCAAUAUGACUGCGGUUUUCUGCGAAACGUCCUACUAUAAGCAGAAUGUGUCAGCUAUGGUCCAGAUGCCUGGAUAUGUCCCCGUUGAUGAGCAGAUCACAGCCUUAUCACCACCAGAGGUUCUCCCGGUGACGGAGUUCAACAGCUCGGCCUUCGAAUACCUUGUUGCAAACGGGAUGUCAUCAGUCGAGGUGCCUAGGGACCAUCCGUUCACACACCUCCUCGAUCUGGACACUCGCCUGGAUCCAUUUGGGCUGUCUUAUCCAUUUUGGCCUAUGGUGGGAGUCAUGAUGGGUCUGCACAACUACUCCAUCGAUUCAUACUAUAACACGACCGUGCUGGGCGAUUCGUACCGUUUAGCGCACAAGGUCAUGUUCUCUGUAGCUUUUCACACGAUGCUUGUGAACAGCACGAAUACAGUCGCGACUGAAGGAAACGUCUACCUGGUGAAAUACGGCAUCCUCGUCAGCCGCGUCUUUACGGCUCUGGUGGAAGGGGGCCUUGCUUUUGUGGCCGUGCUCACAUUGGUCUUGUUAUGGGUCUGUCAUAGAAACCCAACCCUGCUAUUAUCGGAUCCGGCAUCCUUGGGCUCCCUGAUUUCUCUGAUUCAGAAGAGCCCGUGUCUGCUCAACAAGUUCAGCGGCAAGGGGAAUCUGACUGCUGAGCAGCUGAAGGAGCAGCUUGGCGACUGCACGUUCAAGCUAUCGUGCCAAUGUCAAGACGCCUCUGGGGUGACGAGGCUUGAGCUGCUGGACGUCCCUAUCCAAGCGCAGACAGGGCCGUCAGAAGCGAACUCCGGCCGAGCUGGAUCGGAUCAAAUAGGUCAUUAUCUGCCCAUCAAGCCAUUUGCUCUACGCAAAGUUGUCGGAAUCGCAUUUGCAGUGUGCCUAUGCGCUGCUGUCGCUGUUGUCUCGUAUCUGCAGCAUCAGGAUACCGUUCUAGGAGGACUUGUCCGCCCUUCGACGAAUUUUGAAGUCAACCAGCUGCUGACGAGCUACCUUCCCACUAUAUUCUCAACAGUGGUCGAACCGUUCUGGGUCAUGCUCAACCGAUAUUUGUGCCUCUUGCAGCCAUUUUACGACCUUACAUCUGGACGCGGGACCGCCAAGCGAACGAUUGACGCUCGAUACACCGCGUUACCGCCGCAGCUUGCUCUUUGGCGAGCCUUUCGAUCCGGGCAUCUCCUUCUAGGGUCUAUUUGCAUCAUUGCUCUAUUAGCAAAUGUUCUAGCAGUCGGGCUGGGCGCCAUAUUUAAUGACAGUCCCACACAGAAAGUGUAUCCCGUCGUGAUGACACCUGUGAAGCAGGCAAAAUUCGAUCAAACGGGUGUGCAAAACGUCACUUCAAAAUGGAUCGCGGGUCUGCCCGAUAAUUACGAAGAUCCUAUGUACACGCUCAUGGCAAACUGGUCCUCUGGAGCCCCUUUACCGCCAUGGACCACGGCCGAGUUUACCUACCUCCCUGUCAACAUCACAUCCGAGACCCCUUCAGGAAACGACCUAUACACUGUCACAACAACCGGAUUCGGUGUAGAUCCUUCGUGUAUAUCCAUGGGCACGAUAGUCACAGAAAACGAGCCGCCAACGGUGAACACGAGUUUCGGUCGAACCGAUCCUCCGCCGAAAGGCUGCGCCAAGGAGUAUUCCAUUGCAACCCUAUCGUUCAACAAAACGGACUACAAGGUACCUGAAGGGCGAGCCGCAGCAGAGGUUGCCAACACCAUGAGACCGGGCAAGGAUGUCUUCAACGACUUUGUAAAUGAGUGCGAUAACUCAUUCCUGGUGGGAUGGUCCCGAGCGGAUAUCAAGAACAAGACGGGUGUGAUGAACACGUCUCUUGUCGUGUGCAAGCCGGUUUACAAAGUUGCCGAUUUUCGGGUCGUGUUCGACAGCGAGGGAUACAUCAGAAAUGCAACGCCCAUUAGCAACUUCACGUCCUCAAUCCCAUAUCCGAGCUCGUUUACUUAUCCACCGAUCAUCAACGAUAUCAACAAUGGUUUUCAGGGCUACGACGAUUCUGAGGGAUGGCAUUCCGACGACGUUUCGUACACCUGGUUCAUGUACCUACUUAAACUAUACAGCGGCAACUCGGACUUUCUGGAUCCCACGAAGCCGACGCCCGACCCGGAGCAGUUCCUCCCUAUCGUGUCAGACGUCUACAAACGGAUCUUUGCAAUGAUGGUCACGCUACACCAGGACGUCUUUGUCGACGCAGAGAACGGAACCACUGUGAUGGGAAACCGCACCGUUACCGAAACACGCAUCUUUGUGUCGACGACCGCAUUCAUCACGAGCACCACCAUCCUCAGCCUCUACAUCAUCAUGGUCUUCUUCUUCUAUGGCUGCGGCGUCACAUUUUUCCUCCCGCGCAUGCCCACCAACAUAGGGUCUUUGGUGGCGUACAUUGCGCCGAGCAAACUGACACGAGAGUACGAGGGCGAGGGCGAGGGCGAAGAGGAUGUGGCCAAGGAUGGCGAAGUGGUUCCAAAGUACAGCUUUGGGCGAUUUGUCGGUAGUGAUGGAAAGGCGCAUAUCGGCAUCGACUACGCGGAUCGGGUGGUGCCGGUGAAUCCGACUUCGCUGGAAAGGGGGGACACGAGGCAGGGUUCUGGGUUCUUGAAGAAGAGGGUCUUGCGUCUGAAGACGGCGUCAAAACAUGAGAAUGAUAAUUGGCUGUGA